UAUAAGUUCAUUUUGCUGCUCAUUGGCAUUCUUUUUCUGACAAUAUUGAUUUAGUUAUUAAAGUUUCACAAAAAUGAGAAUUGUUUUAUGAAAGACUGAGCUGGACUGAAGCGGACAAUCAGUGCAUAUUCAUCUUUUGCUUGUUAUUAAUGUUUAUAUGGUCCAAUUAUUGCAGUGAAGCACUUUUCUAUUUCACACUUCAAGGAACAGCUUUUCGAUGGCUCUAUAGAUAUCUGAACUCUGAACUUUUGGGCAGUGCAUAGGAUAUCUGAACUCUGAAGCAUCCAAAGACCGCCGCAAUGGAAGAACCUAAUAAUUCUGAUUUGGGAUGUGAUCCAAAACCCCAAGUCCUAUAUCGUUGCAAAAAAUGUCGAAGAAUUGUUGCUUCACAUGAACUUAUAGUUCCUCACAAGCGUGGGGAAGGACAAAAAUGUUUUAAAUGGAGAAAGAGAAGUAAUGAUCCAUUGGAAAUGGAGAAAGAGCCACCUGAAUGCUCCUCCAUAUUUGUAGAGCCCAUGAAGUGGAUGCAAUCAGUUGAAGAAGGUUGUGUCGGAGAUAAGCUUCAGUGCAUGGGUUGCAAGGCUCGAUUGGGUUCUUUCAACUGGGCGGGAAUGCAGUGCAACUGUGGAGCUUGGGUUAACCCUGCAUUUCAACUGCACAAAAAUCGUAUGGAUGAAUGCAGUCUAUGAGCCAUGCCAUUGUUAUUGAAUAAUUAUGUUUAGAAAUUUUAGCACUGUGCAAAAUCUGUCCUUGGGUUUGCAUUGCCUUUAGGCACUAAUCACUUUAGUCUAAAGAGUUCAAUAUGUUUGGAUGAUUGAAUUUUUUGAGAAUGAACUCUGAUCAUAAUGUUAGUUUGAUGUAAAUCUGCUGAUGCACAAGAGGUAUUUUCCUUGCAUUUCAGGUUUUCAUUUGGGUUUUCUUGUACAUAUAGAUUGUAGAUCUUCUUUAAUACACUUUUCUUGAAUUUUCUUC